CCGUGGGCAGAGCUGCCAAUUCACAGUUGGCAGAGACGCGACAGCGAAGUAUCAUCGGACGUUGGCAGCGGCGCGGCAGAGAAAUAAUAAAACGUCGACGUUCCUUCCUCGCAGAAGAAACCAACCAAAAUAAAAACAAACACUCAGCGUGCGUUCGCGCCAAACACUAAAUAACAAUUAGCAAACGCAAGAAACAGAUGCAUACCCUAACGGCGGCCAUCGAGAUGGACAAACUGGAUGCCAAUAUGGAACAGCAGUUUGAUCUCAACCUGAUCGAGGCUGUCAAGUUAAAUCCGGUGAUUUACGACAGGUCGCACUACAACUACAAGCACUUCGUGCGCAAGGCACAGACCUGGAAGCAGAUUGCCGAAACGCUCGGUGUACCUGAACAAAAAUGCACCAAGCGCUGGAAGAGCCUGCGGGACAAGUUUGCCCGCGAGAUGAAGCUGUGCCAGGAAUCGCGUUGGCGCUACUUCAAACAGAUGCAGUUCUUGGUGGACUCCAUUCGGCAAUACCGCGAGUCACUGCUGGGAAAGUGCGCUAAUGGAAGCCAAAAUGCCAACCAGGUGGCGGAUCCUUCACAGCAACAGCAGGCACAGCAACAAACCGUUGUAGACAUCUUUGCACAGCCUUUCAACGGCAGCGCUACUACUUCUGCCCAGGCACUGACCCAUCCGCAUGAAAUUACUGUUACUGGGGACGCACAGCUAGCCACCGCCGUGGGCAAGGACCAGAAGCCGUACUUCUAUGAGCCGCCGUUGAAGCGGGAACGCAGCGAGGAAGAGCACAGUGACAACAUGCUCAACACCAUCAAGAUUUUCCAAAACAACGUCUCACAGGCCGUGAGCGCCGAGGAUCAGUCGUUUGGCAUGGUCGUUACGGACAUGCUCAACACCUUGGGAGUGCGACAGAAGGCGGAGGCGAAGGUGCACAUCAUCAAGUAUCUAACAGACAUGCAGCUGCUGGCCCAGCACAACAAAUACUAACUGUCGGGCGGUUGCCACCGGCAGCUGCUGCAGCUGCUCCAGUUGGAAAGCGUCCUGCCCUGAGCUUGAACGCAGAUAGGCCAGCGGCCCACGCCCACACCCGCUCGUGCAGCGGCUUUUUCAUUAGAUUGUAGCUCUUAAAGUCAAACUAAAGUUUAAUAUUAGCAAUUAAGCCACAGGGCGCUUACACAUAAACCCUAAUUAUACUUCCCCAAGCCGAAACGCAGGCAAACAAGGACACACAUGUAUGUGCUGGUUGGCCCCGAGACCGGCGGAUAAAAUUUGCGCCCAGUUCUCUGCUCUGUAUAAAUGUAAUGCGAUCGAUGAAAGGCAAUUUGGGAUUUUGCGAAGAGUUGUUAAACAAUCUGGAAAUAUUUCAUAUUCAGCAAUAGUGUACAUUUUUGACUACGAUUUAGUUGUAACUUGCCAUCGGGUCUUAAUACAUUAGUUAAGCCCUUGCGCCUAAACGUUAUUUUUAUUUUUAAGUAAUAAGGUAAUAUGCUGAAAACUCUUGAAGGAUUCUUUGAAUAAGUUCGACAGAAGAACAAAUGAUCCUCUUUUUACCUUCUUGGUUAAAAUAUUCAUAUUGAUAAAGUCGAAAUACAUACAUAGUUGCCGCAACGUCAGUUGCUAACAAUUUUCAUAAUUAAUUGUGCAAUUAUUUGGUAUUAAAGGAUAUAUUUGAAAAGUA